AUGUGCAAGCUCAUUUAUGGCCCCGUGAGAUUCAAAUGUGGUCACGAGGGAGAAGAAACUGGCAUUAUGCCCCACAAAAGCAGUUGUGGCGUAAUCAAGGACCGAGUGCCCGUCGCGAAGUCUACCAAACGGACCAUUAUUUGCACAGACUGCAAGGCAAAGAGAAAGAGUUGGCCGGAUAUAGCUACCGAGAAGGCAAAUGGGAAAGAAAACCGUGGAUUAGCUUCGCUGCUAAGAGAGAGAGGCAGAUCAAUCUGGUGGGGAGCAGAGGUCCCAACAGCAUGA